AUGGCUUUUGAACGACGACGUUUAUCGACUGAAAGUGACAAAUCUUCAACGAGUACAACUCAUUCAACUGAAUCAACUGGUAACUAUCCAUCGAUCUCUACUGAUCAUAAACCCAUCGUCGACACGAACAAGAUAUCCGUUUCUACCAAUACAUCGAAAUCCAAUCUAAUCAAACGCUGUUCGCCGAUGUCCUCGCCGGCCGAACUUCUCCUGGCACGUACUAAAAAUACAUUUAUUGAUUUAAAUCCAUACUUCGAAUGUUCGUCGUUACCGAACCAUUGGCGAAAAAACAAGUCCCUUCAUUUCGUUCUCCGAGCGAAGAAUCUUAUCGAAAUCAAACCGAAUACACGUGUUAUAGUAUUGGCUGGAAAUGAUUUCAAUCCUUGUGCCACGUUGAAGAACAAUGUUAGCUGGUUUCGCAACGGUCACGCAGAAUUCAACGACUUACGUUUCCUCGGCGCUAGCGGAAGAGGUAAAAAGUUUACCUUAAGCAUAAUUAUCCAAACCACACCACCUCAACAGUGUACUUACCGACGAGCAAUCAAAAUAACAGUGGAUGGACCGCGGAAAAAACGCGAAUUGAAACAAAAGUCAGAUGUCAAUGAUAUUCAUGCAGAUGAUUCAACUAUUGACGGCGACUCGGAUAAUGAAUCGCAUACAACUAGCACAUCGAUGAUUGUAGAUACAAAAUCCAACCUGGGUCAAAGCGAUUAUUAUUCCUCUGGCUUACUUCUUCUUGCAAAUGCAGCCGAGAAGAAACGUAAUGAUGAAAAAGAUGAAUCAUUAAAUUGCUUUUAUCAAUCGCCGUCGAAAGGAAUGUUCUAUUCAACAAGUUAUUUUUCGCCAUCAUCGCCAUUGGCAAAACAAUUUACCCAUUCGAUUGUCUUUUCCCCCACAUCCGACGACCUUCCUUUACACGUGUCCAGACAUGGUUUCCUACCUAAUCCAUCAACGAUGACAACUUUACCCACAACAAAUUUCCUAUGGAAUUUAACAUCGCCGUCGAAUCAUUUUGACAUUUAUCAUCAUCAACAGCAACAAACCAUUACUUCAACAUCAACAAAUACCUCUUCAACGACCAAUUCGUCAACAAAUAAACAUGUCCUCUGCCGAUAA